ACAUUACAGAAAAGCAAAGAAUAACCCCCCAAAUGAGGUAAUAAUAAGUAAUAACGAGUGCCCCGCUUCAUUGAAUGCGUGGUACGCUUUCCAGUGGAAUUGUUCGUUACUUGGCCGGGGCCAUCUGCUUUUCUCUAAUAUCUUUCUUCGCCGCUCCUAAACCGCCAACUGUUCGACGAAAUGCCUGAACCAUGUUCUCCAUCAACGUCGACCCGUCUCUGCUCUUCGUUUCCCCUUUUUGCUUCCGGUGUUUGAGUUCUCACUCUUUUCCUUCUACUGUCUUCAUCGUUAAUGCGAGAAAAAGAGCAAGAAAGCAAGAAAAUUCUUCAAGUCUUGUUACUUUCAAGACGAGUUGUGGUUCUGGUGCUCUGUUUGGGUUUUCUGCGGAGGAUUUUGGUUCGGGAAGGUGCGAGAACGGGUCUGGGUGGGAUAGCGAGGAGGAAGACUGGGUUUUAGAGGCGGAGAUUUUGGAGUUUAUGAAGAAUUCUGAACGUCCGGACAAGUUUCCGAGCAAGAAAGAGCUGGUGAAUGCUGGGAGGAUUGAUCUUGUUGAGGGUAUAUUGAGGCAAGGAGGGUGGCUUUCUAUGGGCUGGGAUUCGGACAACGAUGGUGGGGAGAAACAUGUUCAAGAAAGUUACUAUACAGGAUGGGAUGAUGGGUUUCUUCAAGAAAGAGUCUUGGAGGGCAAUGAAGAGAGGGUUUCUUCUUUCACUGUUGAUUCUUCUUCUUCAAGUGCUUCCUCGUCUGGUAUAUCACUAGAAACAGCAGCUGAAAAUGAUUUUGGGAUAGAGGGUAUACUGAGUCGGUUGGAGAAAGAAAGGAAUUUGGAAUUUGGAUUUAGUAAGCUAGAGGAAGGAAGCAGUGCUCACACCCAACAUAAUUAUGGGGAAGAUGUUCAGAUUCACAAAACCUCAAUGAAAGUUGCUGGCCUUGACAGAAGCACUAGACUUGAAUCUCUAAGCCUUGGCGAAAACUUAACUAAUGUCACAGGGAAGAUGCUUGGUCAGAGUCCAUCACUCUCAAACUUUGAUGGUUUUGGAGACUCACUAAAGCCAGAAAUGGGGAAAAGUUGCGAAACUCAGACUGCAGGAUUUUCAGAUAUGGAUUGUAAAGGGGAUGAUAUACUUGAAGUAAAAUCUUGUGUUAGUGAACCUGUUAGUAUGGAGAAUAAUCCUUAUACUGAAGUUAUAACUAAAAGCCAAGUACAAAAUCACCUUCAGCACAUGGAGUCAGAGCUUUCCAGUGUACUUAAUUCGUUCAGGUUAAAUUCAGAUGAAAAAAGCAUAUUGCAGAAGGAUCUUAAGAACUCUGAUGAUCUUCUGAAGCUUUCUGAUGCAUGGGAGUUCCAGGAAAAUGAGAUCAUGAAUGCUAGGGACAGGUUGCGGUCAUUACGAGCAAAGAUAGCAGUAUUACAAGGAAAAUAUGCACUUGCGAUAAUUGAUGCACGAAAGAUUGUGGAAGAAAAACAGAGAAGGAUAGAUGAUGCUCAUAGGGCUUUACGGCUUCUUCGCAGUGCUUGCAUUGUGUGGCCUAAUUCAGCCUCAGAGGUGCUCUUAGCUGGAUCAUUUGAUGGCUGGACUUCUCAGAGGAAGAUGGAGAAGUCGAGUACGGGCAUAUUCUCUGUGUCUCUGAAGUUGUAUCCAGGCAAAUAUGAGAUCAAGUUCAUUGUUGAUGGUGAAUGGAGGGUAGAUCCCCUACGCCCUAUCGUUAACAACAAUGGAUAUGAGAAUAAUACACUCAUCAUUCAUUAAGGAUGACUAAAAAUAAACCCUAGCGGACAUGGUAGUAUUCUUCAUCAACCAUAUAUAACUUACCUUUUUCUCAUGAUUCUUUGACCAGAGGUUGGUAUGUGUAACAAUCUUGAUGUUUUUCAGAUAAUUCUUUUCUUUUC